AUGGACGUGGACGUGGACGUGGACAUGCACGUGGACGUGGACGUGGACAUGGACGUGGACGUGGACGUGGACGUGGAUGUCGACAUGGACAUGGACAUGGAUGUGGACGUGGACGUGGACGUGGACAUGGACGUGGACGUGGACGUGGACAUGGACCUGGACGUGGACGUGGACGUGGACGUGGACAUGGACGUGGACGUGGACGUGGACGUGGACAUGGACGUGGACGUGGACGUGGAGAUCGACGUGGACGUGGACGUGGACGUGGACAUGGAUGUGGACGAGGACGUGGACGUGGAGGACUUGGACGUGGACAUGGACGUGGACGUGGACAUGGACGUGGACGUGGACAUGGACGUGGACGUGGACGUGGAUGUGGACGUGGACGUGGAUGUGGACGUGGACGUGGACGUGGACGUGGACGUGGACAUGGACAUGGACGUGGACGUGGACGUGGACGUGGACGUGGACAUGGACAUGGACGUGGACGUGGACGUGGACGUCGACAUGGAUAUGGACGUGGACAUGGACAUGGACAUGGACGUGGACAUGGACAUGGACAUAGAUGUGGACAUGGACAUGGACAUGGACAUGGACAUGGACAUGGACAUGGAUGUGGACAUGGACAUGGACAUGGACAUGGACGUGGACGUGGACAUGGACAUGGACGUGGACGUGGACAUGGACAUGGGCGUAGACGUGGACAUGGAGGUGGACGUGGACGUGGACGUGGACAUGGACGUGGACGUGGACAUGGUCGUAGACAUGGACCUGGACGUGGACGUGGACGUAGACAUGGACGUGGACGUGGACGUGGACGUGGACGUAGACCUGGACAUGGACGUGGACGUCGACGUCGACGUGGACGUGGACGUGGACGUGGACGUGGUCGUGGACGUGGACGUGGACGUGGAAAUGGACGUGGACAUGGACGUGGUCGUGGACGUGGACGUGGACGUGGUCGUGGACGUGGACGUGGACGUGGAAAUGGACGUGGACGUGGACAUGGACGUGGACGUGGACGUGGACAUGGUCGUGGACUUGGACCUGGACGUGGACGUGGACAUGGACGUGGACAUGGUGAUGGACGUGGACGUGGACGUGGACGUGGAGGUGGACAUGGACGUGGACGUGGUCGUGGACGUGGACGUGGACAUGGUCGUGGAUAUGGACGUGGAAGUGGACGUGGUCGUGGUCGUGAACAUGGACGUGGAAGUGGACAUGGACGUGGACGUGGACGUGGACGUCGACGUGGACAUGGACGUGGACGUGGAUGUGGACGUGGACGUGGACAUGGACGUGGACGUAGACAUGGACGUGGACGUGGACGUGGACGUGGACAUGGUCGUGGACAUGGACCUGGACAUGGACGUGGACGUGGACGUGGACAUGCACGUGGACGUGGACGUGGACAUGGACGUGGACGUGGACGUGGACGUGGAUGUCGACAUGGACAUGGACAUGGAUGUGGACGUGGACGUGGACGUGGACAUGGACGUGGACGUGGACGUGGACAUGGACCUGGACGUGGACGUGGACGUGGACGUGGACAUGGACGUGGACGUGGACGUGGACGUGGACAUGGACGUGGACGUGGACGUGGAGAUCGACGUGGACGUGGACGUGGACGUGGACAUGGAUGUGGACGAGGACGUGGACGUGGAGGACUUGGACGUGGACAUGGACGUGGACGUGGACAUGGACGUGGACGUGGACAUGGACGUGGACGUGGACGUGGAUGUGGACGUGGACGUGGAUGUGGACGUGGACGUGGACGUGGACGUGGACGUGGACGUGGACAUGGACAUGGACGUGGACGUGGACGUGGACGUGGACGUGGACAUGGACAUGGACGUGGACGUGGACGUGGACGUCGACAUGGAUAUGGACGUGGACAUGGACAUGGACAUGGACGUGGACAUGGACAUGGACAUAGAUGUGGACAUGGACAUGGACAUGGACAUGGACAUGGACAUGGACAUGGAUGUGGACAUGGACAUGGACAUGGACAUGGACGUGGACGUGGACAUGGACAUGGACGUGGACGUGGACAUGGACAUGGGCGUAGACGUGGACAUGGAGGUGGACGUGGACGUGGACGUGGACAUGGACGUGGACGUGGACAUGGUCGUAGACAUGGACCUGGACGUGGACGUGGACGUAGACAUGGACGUGGACGUGGACGUGGACGUGGACGUGGACGUAGACCUGGACAUGGACGUGGACGUCGACGUCGACGUGGACGUGGACGUGGACGUGGACGUGGUCGUGGACAUGGACCUGGACGUGGACGUGGACAUGGACGUGGACAUGGUCGUCGACGUGGACGUAGACGUGGACGUGGACGUGGACGUGGACAUGGUCGUCGACGUGGACGUGGAAGUGGAUGUGGUCGUGGUCGUGGUCGUGGACAUGGACGUGGACGCGGACGUGCACGUGGACGUGCACGUCGACGUGGACGUGGUCAUGGACGUGGACGUGGACGUGGACGUAGACGUGGUCGUGGACGUGGACGAGGACAUGGACAUGGACAUGGAAGUGGACGUCGACGUGGACGUGGACAUGGACGAGGACCUGGACAUGGACAUAGACGUGGACGUGGACGUGGACGUGGUCGUGGACGUGGACGUGGACGUGGACAUGGACGUGGACAUGGACGUGGACGUGGACAUGGACGUGGACGUGGACGUGGACGUGGACAUGGACGUGGACGUGGACGUGGACGUGGACAUGGCCGUGGACAUGGAAGUGGACAUGGACGUGGACGUGGAUAUGGACAUGGACGUGGACGUGGACGUCAACGUGGACGUGAACAUGGAAGUGGACGUGGACGUGGACAUGGACGUGGACAUGGACAUGGACGUGGACGUGGACGUGGACGUGGACAUGGUCGUGGACGUGGACCUGGACGUGGACAUGGUCGUGGACGUGGACGUGGACGUGGACGUUGACAUGGACGUGGACGUGGACGUGGACGUGGACAUGGUCGUGGACGUGGAAGUAGACGUGGUCGUGGUCGUGGUCGUGGACAUGGACGUGGACGUGGACGAAGACGUCGACGUCGACGUCGACGUGGACGUGGUCGUGGACGUGGACGUAGACAUAGACGUGGACGUGGACGAGGACGUGGACGUGGACAUAGACGUGGACAUGGAAGUGGACGUGGACGUGGACGUGGACUUGGAUGUGGACAUGGACAUGGACGUGGAUGUGGACGUGGACGUCGACAUGGUCGUGGACGUGGACGUGGACGUGGACAUGGACGUGGACGUGGACGUCGACGUGCACAUGGACGUGGACGUGGACGUGGACGUGAACAUGGACGUGGACGUGGACAUGGACGUGGACAUGGACAUGGAUGUGGACGUGGACGUGGACGUGGACGUGGACAUGGACAUGGACGUGGACGUGGUCGUGGACGUGGACGUGGACGUGGUCGUGGACGUGGACGUGGACGUGGACGUGGACCUGGACGUGGACAUGGACGUGGACGUGGACGUGGACGUGGAAAUGGACGUGGACGUGGACAUGGACGUGGACGUGGACGUGGACAUGGUCGUGGACGUGGACGUGGACGUGGACGUGGACAUGGACGUGGACAUGGUCAUGGACGUGGAUGUGGACGUGGACGUGGACGUGGAGGUGGACAUGGACGUGGACGUGGACGUGGACGUGGACGUGGACAUGGUCGUGGACAUGGACGUGGAAGUGGACGUGGUCGUGGUCGUGAACAUGGACGUGGACGUGGACAUGGACGUGGACGUGGACGUGGACGUCGACGUGGACAUGGACGUGGACGUGGAUGUGGACGUGGACGUGGACGUGGACAUGGACGUGGACGUGGACAUGGACGUGGACGUGGACGUGGACGUGGACAUGGUCGUGGACAUGGACCUGGACGUGGACGUGGACGUGGACGUGGACAUGCACGUGGACGUGGCUGUGGACAUGGACGUGGACGUGGACGUGGACGUGGACGUCGACAUGGACGUGGACAUGGAUGUGGACGUGGACGUGGACGUGGACGUGGACGUGGACGUGGACAUGGACCUGGACGUGGACGUGGACGUGGACGUGGACAUGGACGUGGACGUGGACGUGGACAUGGACGUGGACGUGGACGUGGACAUCGACGUGGACGUGGACGUGGACGUGGACAUGGAUGUGGACGAGGACGUGGACGUGGAGGACUUGGACGUGGACAUGGACGUGGACGUGGACGUGGACGUGGACAUGGACGUGGACGUGGACAUGGACGUGGACGUGGACGUGGAUGUGGACGUGGACGUGGAUGUGGACGUGGACGUGGACGUGGACGUGGACGUGGACAUGGACAUGGACGUGGACGUGGACGUGGACGUAGACGUGGACAUGGACAUGGACGUGGACGUGGACGUGGACGUCGACAUGGACAUGGACGUGGACAUGGACAUGGACAUGGACGUGGACAUGGACAUGGACAUAGACGUGGACAUGGACAUGGACAUGGACAUGGACAUGGACAUGGACGUGGACAUGGACAUGGACAUGGACAUGGACGUGGACGUGGACGUGGACGUGGACAUGGACGUGGACGUGGACAUGGUCGUAGACAUGGACCUGGACGUGGACGUGGACGUGGACGUGGACAUGGACGUGGACGUGGACGUGGACGUGGACGUGGACCUGGACAUGGACGUGGACGUGGACGUGAACGUCGACGUGGACGUGGACGUGGACGUGGACGUGGUCUUGAACAUGGACCUGGACGUGGACGUGGACAUGGAUGGGACAUGGUUGUGGACGUGGACGUAG